CCAGGCGUCAUGGUGAGUAUUUAGGAGCUGAGAAGUUGAGGUGAAGUUGAAGACGGUGGAGCGAGAUUGAACACCACACAUCUCUGGUCGGUCAUUCUGAGCCAUGCCUUCUGCUGUGACAACUAUCCUCCUGAUGGGGGCGCUGAUGGUCGCCCCUGCUUAUUCUUGGACUCAUGAAGAGGUGGCUGCCUUUUGUGCCAACAUCGAGCUGCACUCAUGUGAUGCUGGGGAGUACCGCCUGAACGAUCACAGCUGCGUCAAAUUUUUACCCUCCCAAAUGACUUUCCAUGAAGCCCAGGAAGGGUGUGAAUUAGUCGGCGGUGCUGUGGUUGAAUUGGCAAGCCAUGAAGAGCACAGAAAGCUGGUGUGUAUCGCGUUUGCUGCGGUUCCGUUUCGAUUCCACUACUGGAUGGGUGCCAAAAGAGGACCAGAUGCUUUUGAAUGGAUCCAUAAAGGUAAACCACUGGAGACUGUUCCUUGGCGUGAAGGUCAGCCUGAUAACUUCAACGGCAAUGAGGACUGUGUGUGGAUAAACUCUGGCUCUUGGGGUCCAUUCAACGACGGGCCGUGCUCCGAGUUUAGCUCUGUGGUAUGUCAGAUCCCAAAGUCUUAAGGAGCCGCGCUGUUUGUCUUCUCAAGAGCACAAACACGCUUUUACUUUCAUUCCAAUAAACUUCAAGCAUCAGACAA